CUCCCGCCCCCAACUCCCCACUCUCUGCUUCUCUCCCCCAGUGAUGGAGAACACAUGUCCUCCCUGUUGGGACUGUAACAACGGUCUCAUUUUAGGUUGUUGUUUGCUUGGGUUUACCCUCAGGAGCCUCAGAGGACGCGGUGCAUGAGAGCACGGGACCAGAAGCCUGACGCCUGAGUUCAAAUCCGAAUUAGUUAGCCCACCAGUGUAUCAGUAGUCCUUUCUGUAAAAUGGGGUAAUGAUAGGAGAACCUGCUGCCCAGGCUUGUAACUGUUAAAUGAUUGAAUCCAUUGUGGUUAGCACAGCACCCGACAUAUGGAAACACUCAAUAAACAUUUGCCAGUAUUAUUAUCCUCCCAGGAGACAGGGUAAGCGCAGGCCCCCCUCUCUUUUGAGACUGGCCAUCCUCCAGGCAAGUGGACAAACCGAGGUUCAAAUCAUACCUUUUUGGCCUCCUUGCUACAUAAUCCUUGGAUUAGAGUAGUGCUAGCCGCUGUAACAAGCAAGCCCCUGUAUCUCAGCAGCCUAACACAACAGCCGUUCGCUCCUGGCUCCCAUAAAAUGCAGAGUGGGUAAUCCUCUUGGCCAGGAGACCUACAGCCAGGCACCCAGGCUCCUCCUUCCUAUCUUGUAGCUCCACUGUCUUUUAGGACCGAUGAGAGAAUGGAGAAACUCCUCCCAGUCUUAAAAGACAGUCACAUCCAUCAUCGCUGCUCGCGUUCCAUUGGGGAAAACUGGUCACAUGGCCACAUCCGGAUGCGAGGCAGGCAGGAAAUGCAGUACCCUGCCGACAGCCACCCUCCAGCAGCAGCUCUGUAUUAUAAAAGAGGGAACACAAAGUUUUGGUGGACAGUGGCUGUCUUUUCCAGAACCAUAGUAAAUCACCAACCUCCUAGGUUCUUCAUCUAUAAAACAGAAAGCAGCACUUGAUUGCGGCAACGGACGUUUGCUAAAAUCACUGAAUCGUACGCCUACUACCGGUAAAUUCUGUGGUGUGUACUAAUAUAGCUGUGUUUUUAAGAAAAAAAAAAAACAAAACCGAGGGAGCAUCUUGCCCUUCUUCUCAGGGUUCUUAUGAGGACUCAGUAAGUGACAUUUUGCCAAGCUGGCACUGUGUGUGCAUGUGGUGGGGGAGGGUAGGGAAGGCAGGCUCCAAAGUAGCUCUGAGUUGGGUUGUGCAUUGGGUAUGGUUUUCGUAAGAGAGGCACCCAGCCCAAGCCACCUGCCAACAGGAAGUGGUAGGCGGUUCGGUCUUGUUUCUUGCUUGGGAAGCCCUCCCGGCGUGCGGCAGAAGACCCAGCCCACAGGGCCAGAGCCACAACUGCUGCCGGGAAGGCUGGGUGACACCCACCUGCCUUCAGCAACACAGACCGGAAACCAAGGGCCUCCCUCGGGGCCAGCGAGGACACACACACACACUUGAGGUGCAAGGCACGUGAGGUCCCCCGGCACGGCCGGCUACAUGGGAGGAACAGGGGGCCAGCCAGGGGCCUCCACCACCUGCUGCUGGAAAGUUCACAGCCACCGAGUCCACAGCCGCUCCUUCAAGCGGAGGCAAUGGUGAUGAAGGCAAAAUAGUUUCAGGUCAAGUUCCCACCGAUGCCAGGUGUAUGUGCCCUCGACCACUCGGGGAGGCGGAUGUGUGUUACUUUACUCUCUGGCCCGGAGUCCCCGCCUGAAGGAAGUUGCUGGUCUACCUACUGCUGUGAGUUAAUACCCGUGAAGCGCCUGGACAGUGCCUGCCGCUCAGUCACCUCCCAGCAGGAGCUGAGCGAAUGCAUGGGCGUCUUCGGCUCAGGCUUUGCUCUCUCCUGGGCCUCGGUUUCCCCACUUGGAUACCAAGGCAUCCGGAUGAGAUCCUCUACCAUCCUGACUUGGGAAAACAGUGGUUCGGAGCACCGGCUUUGGAGCCAGUCCCAACGCGAGCUGCAUGACCUUGGACGAGUUAUUCAAGCUCUCUGUGCCUCGUUCUCCUCAGACCUAAAAUGGGGGUGAUGAUGACACCUACCCAUUGAAUUGGGAAGAUAAGAUGAGCUCAUCCUGAGUCCAGGGCCCGGCAGGGAGAAGAUGAGCGUGGGCUGCCCGGAGCCCGAGCCACCCCGCUCCCUGCCCUGCUGUGGGCCGGGGACCGCCCCUGGGCUGGGGGCAGGCGUGCCGCUCCUCACUGAAGAUAUGCAGGCACUGACCCUCCGCACGCUGGCCGCCAGCGAUGUCACCAAGCACUACGAACUCGUCCGGGAGCUGGGCAAGGGCACCUAUGGGAAGGUCGACCUGGUGGCCUACAAGGGCACGGGCACGAAAAUGGCGCUGAAGUUUGUGAACAAGAACAAGACCAAGCUGAAGAACUUCCUGCGGGAGGUGAGCAUCACCAGCAGCCUCUCCUCCAGCCCCUUCAUCAUCAAGGUCUUUGACGUGGUUUUUGAGACCGAGGACUGCUACGUCUUCGCCCAAGAGUACGCACCUGCCGGGGACCUGUUCGACAUCAUUCCUCCUCAGGUGGGACUCCCCGAGGACACGGUGAAGCGCUGCGUGCAGCAGCUGGGGCUGGCGCUGGACUUCAUGCACGGGCGGCAGCUGGUGCACCGCGACAUCAAGCCCGAGAACGUGCUGCUGUUCGACCGCGAGUGCCGCCGCGUGAAGCUGGCCGACUUCGGCAUGACGCGCCGCGUGGGCUGCCGCGUGAAGCGGGUCAGCGGCACCAUCCCGUACACGGCGCCCGAGGUGUGCCAGGCGGGCCGCGCCGACGGCUUCGCGGUGGACACGGGCGUGGACGUGUGGGCCUUCGGCGUGCUCAUCUUCUGCGUGCUCACCGGCAACUUCCCGUGGGAGGCGGCGUCGGGCGCGGACGCCUUCUUCGAGGAGUUCGUGCGCUGGCAGCGGGGCCGCCUGCCCGGGCUGCCGUCGCAGUGGCGCCGCUUCACCGAGCCCGCGCUGCGCAUGUUCCAGCGCCUGCUGGCCCUGGAGCCCGAGCGCCGCGGGCCGGCCAAGGAGGUCUUCCGCUUCCUCAAGCACGAGCUCACGUCCGAGCUGCGGCGCCGGCCCUCGCACCGCGCGCGCAAGCCCGCCGGGGACCGGCCGCCCGCCGCCGGGCCGCUGCGCCUCGAGGCGCCCGGGCCGCUCAAGCGGACGGUGCUGACCGAGAGCGGCAGCGGCUCCCGCGGCUCCCGGCCCGCGCCCCCCGCCGUCGGGCCCGCGCCCGUGCCCGUGCCCGUGCCCGAGGCCGGCCUGGCGCCCCCGGGCCCCCCCGGCAGGACCGACGGCCGCCCGGACAAGAGCAAAGGGCAGGUGGUGCUGGCCACGGCCAUCGAGAUCUGCGUCUGAGCCGCCCCCGCCGCCCUCGGGCCGGGGCGCCGCGCUCGCACCAGGCCGGGCCGCCGGGAGCCGCCCCGGGCCCGCGCCAAAACGGGGGGCUUGGCGGCGGCCGCGGCAAAUCCGCCCAGCCCCCGCGGCGGCAGGAGGGAGUAGCGGUAGGCUAGGCGGGACGGCGGGCCCAGGCGCCGGGUCCGCGGCGGGCCGCCGAGAUAGCCACCGAAAGACCUCUCGCCCCGCCUGUGGGGCAGUGACUUGGCCCACAGGAGCCGAGCCCCACAGACCCGAGGAUUCAGAGGCGCCCCCUCCCCCGUCCCCCGACACCAGGAGCAAGGGAGCUUGCGGGCAGACUCCCCCACACCGCCCCGAACCCUGGAACCCUGCCUAGUUGCUCCUGGCCCUUUGCACCCCCUGGCAGAUCGUCCCGCAGUCCCACCCCUGGUCCUGCCCUCCUGGCCACCCUACCCUGCGCCACCACGCCCCCGGGCACAUAAGGGGACUGGAGUGUUGGGGCAGAGAAGGGGAGUAGGGCCCCCGGACACUGGCUGCGGGCGGGGUGGGGGUGGGGGGGAGGCGAUGAGCUGAGGGCAGGGGCGUUGCUCACCUGCGUCCUGCCCCUUUCCCGGGAGGCUGGAGGGAAGAGGCCAAGCCCUCGGCAAAAUGUAGCAAAUGUCUGGAUGCUGCAAAAGUGUGUGUGUGUACAGGCACGGACCCGAAGAAUCUAGUGACUCCCACACAACCCGUUCUCCGGAUGAGGACACUGAGCACAGGAGGAGGGCAACCGGCCUGGAGCCGCACAGCCCCUGAGAGGUGGCGCUCCCGAAGCCCUCCCCCUCCUCCCCAGCGAGCGUCCCACUCCCUCGUGACUGACGGGCUGCCGGGGCGGGGCCUCAGCUGCCCUCCUCCCCCCGCCCCCCACCGCAUCCCUAAGGCGAAGGGAGUGAGCGCCGAGCCUAGGGCCGGCCCAGCUCCCCCUGCUGGCCGCGCCUGCCCAGGCCCGGGAACCCCAGAUCCUAGGUCCUGGCUCCCCGAGCCCAGACCCGGUGGCCUGGGCUGCUGGCAGGCGGCGAGGUGAUUCGUGCCAGGAAUACCCCCGGGUUUCUGCCGGAGACCAGCCUGUCAGCCUGGGGUUGUCCCCAUCCCCGCGUCCCCCAGGUUCCCGGUCCUGGAGUAUGCCGCUGUGGGCGUGAGAAUGGGGGUCCGUGGAAACAGGAGGGGGGUGAGUGUGUGUGAGCAGGCGUGCGUGCGGUGUGUGAGUAGAGUGGACGUGUACGCGUGCAGUCCUGUGUGUUCGGUGAUUGCAUCCAGACGCCUCUGGAGACCACUCUGCCCCAGGACCCUCCCCAGGCAGCUGCCAGAGGGCGUCCAGGCCCCUGUGCUUCACCCGCCCCUCAGGGAAUCUGGCAGGGAGGCACCUGCGGGCUGGUUCCAGCCCCCAGGCAGCAAAACAGGCCCCCCAGCUCACCCAGUGUUCCCCCAUGACCCCUGCCAUCUCUGGAGGCCUGGGACCCCGCAAUAACCUCUACAGGGGUGAGGCUGCUCCUUCUGCCUGACCGUGUCCCGUCCACCAGCCCGGGCCGCACCUGCCAGGGUCCCACUGGGGUUCUAGGCCAUCUGAGGGGGCUCUCUGAUGAGCCAGGCUGGCCAGGGAGGGCCUGACCACCCUCUGGCCUGGAGCCCCCACCUCUCCACUCAUCCCUCAUUCCCAUCGCGCAAAAGGGCUAUAGGUCCCCCUGCCCUGCCUGGGUCCAGUUUACAAACUGCGUUGCCCCAGGGCCUGGCCCCGCUCUCCUCGGUGCGCCCGCCCUCCUCGAGACCCAUCUCUCCAGUGGGCACUGGGGCCCUCCACACGCCAGGUAAGUAGCAAACCCUCCUCCCACCACGGGCCAAGUUUCAGAGAAGGCCCCCCGUCACUGCCCCUGGCCCACCUGGAGCCCAUCCGGGCCACCUCUCUCUCCCAGCCGCGACUUCUCCUUUUGCCUUAGGCCUCUCGACACCCCGUCUCUCCUGCAAUAACAAGGAAGCAAGAUUCCAAGUAGAUGUCCCUCGCCGUGUGCCCUCUCUCUCUCUCUCUCUCUCUUUCUCUGUUAAGAUCCUCUUUGGGAGUUUCUCCCUCGUCGUAGUAUCUAGAAUGUUAGACUCGGGAAGGGGACCGUAGUUAUGUAGCCCAGCCCCUGUUUGCGGAGGCACAGAGAGGGGCAGCGAUGGCCCCACGCAGGAGCAGGGCCGAAGAAGCCCGGCCUGCUCCGUGGCCGUCGGGGCCCUGUGCUGCCACCUGCUGGUUGGGUUGGGACCCUUCGCCCCUUAGGAGAGGUGUUGGUCACAGAUGUUUACCUCAGUUUAUGUCACUGUCGAAGAAACAAAUAGCAAAAAAUUAAUAACACCGUACACACGCAGACUUAGAAGACGAAAAACACACAAAAGAUCUUCCCCUGGCGAUUCUUCUGUGAAGGUGUGUGUGUGUCUGUAUGUGUGUGUGUGAGCGUGUCCGUCCCAUCCCGGGCAGACUGGGUCAUCCCCGGUCUCUGUCAUAGCCCCUGUGCCUCCAUACUGCCCCUGUCCUUCGGUGCUUCCCAGAGGCCCCUCUGAGCUGGCCUGUGGGGUGUGGGGAGCCCCCUGGGCAGGAGGCGGGGCCACAGGUUAGCUAGAGCCCCACUGAGCAGAGCCCCACGGCUGCCACUGCUCCCUGAGCCCGUGCUGUGGCCGGUGGGACAGUCCUGGUGGCUAGCAUCAACAUCCAAGCCUGGCUCAGGGCCUGGGCGGAAUCCCAGCCCCUCAUGUCUUGCCACCCCCCCCCCCAUGUGUUUGUAAAUAUUCUGGCAUCCUUUGGCCCUGAGAAGGUUUUUAAAUGUGUUAUUUACUUCUCUAAUCAUGACAAUUGCUAUAAAAUAAACAAAAGCCUAGAAAAAUUACCACUGGGUGGCUGUCUUGUCUCAGAAACGGAUGGACUAGGGAGAGGGCACAUAGAAUUACUCUUGAACUGCAAACUCGACAGAUGUUCUGAGUGGGGGAAGGGGUGUCUGCAGAGUCUGAGGGCAACUACUUCAGGCCUCCUGGGGCCUCUCAGGCCUGGAGCAGGUCCCGGCCAGGGCUUGAAGGCGACGGGAACAGGGACCGGGUUCUGGGAGGGAAGGGGCAGUGAGUUGUCCCCGGCCUGGCGUCCGCCUUCAGCUUGGAGCCCUUCAGACUGGGCAGAAAAUAGAAGCGAGAGCCCAGAGGAACAGAGUAGGCUGCUUUCACCCAGUCACCACCCAGCAAAUAUUUACCGAGCACCUUCUGUGUCCCGGGCUUCCUCCUAGGAACCCGGGAUACAGCAGUGAGCAGGACAGAUGGCGUCCUUGUCCUCAGGCAGCCAGCGAUGGAGUCAUGGAGACAGACAUAACCCACAUAGAAGGCUGGGUGCUGGGCAAGUACGUAACUGAGAAGCUCAUCAAGUUUGGGGGUGUCGGGAGCCCACUGAAGACGGAAACCAGAGCAUUCAGAGUUCUCUGGGCAGUGGGGCACGGCCGGGUAGUCCUUAGGGUGGCCUCCAAAGUCCCACCCCAUCCCCUCUCCCCUCCCCUGUGCUGCCUCCCAGCCACGCUGGCUCUUGGGACGG